GCCAGGACCGCGCGGCGUGCCUUAAGUUCCGCGGCGCGAGUCGUGUGGGCCACCGUCUCCGCGGUAACGUCUGUUACUCGACAUUACCUGGAGCAGGAAAUAAAGGGGACCUCUCCUCUUCUCCCUCCCGGCCCGGCAGGCUAGAUGGCAGAAACGGCGGUGACGGGUGCCGGCGGGGAGGCGAUGGCGGCAGCGGCGGCGGCGGCGGCGGCAGGUUCCGCGGGUCUGGCGGUCUUGUCUCUGGGUCGCGGCUUCUCGAGCUACCGGCCCUUUGAGCCCCAGGCGUUGGGCCUCAGCCCGAGCUGGCGGCUGACGGGCUUCUCCGGCAUGAAGGGCUGAGGCUGCAAGGUCCCGCAGGAGACGCUGCUCAAACUCCUGGCGGGACUGACGCGGCCGGACGAGCGGCCGCCGCUGGGCCGGGGCCUGGUCGGAGGCCACGAAGAGGCGGCCCAGGAAGCCGGCCUGCCGGUCACGGCGGAAUCCAGCCCAACUUUCCCAGCCCUGGGCAUUGGGAUGGACUCGUGCGUCAUACCGCUGAGGCACGGAGGCCUGUCACUGGUGCAGACCACGGACUUCUUUUACCCCUUGGUGGAAGAUCCCUACAUGAUGGGGCGCAUAGCUUGUGCCAACGUGCUGAGUGACCUGUAUGCCAUGGGCAUUACUGAAUGUGACAACAUGUUAAUGUUACUCAGCGUCAGCCAGAGUAUGACUGAGGAGGAACGGGAAAAGAUAACCCCGCUCAUAGUCAAAGGCUUUCGGGAUGCUGCUGAGGAAGGAGGGACUGCAGUGACUGGUGGACAAACUGUGGUAAACCCUUGGAUUAUCGUGGGUGGGGUUGCCACCGUGGUUUGUCAGCCCAAUGAAUUCAUAAUGCCUGACAGUGCAGUUGUUGGGGAUGUGCUGGUGUUAACCAAACCCUUAGGAACCCAAGUUGCCGUCAAUGCCCACCAAUGGCUGGAUAAUCCUGAAAGAUGGAAUAAGAUAAAGAUGGUGGUCUCCAAAGAAGAGGUAGAGCUGGCCUAUCAGGAAGCCAUGUUCAAUAUGGCUACCCUAAACAGAACUGCUGCUGGGUUAAUGCACACAUUUAAUGCCCAUGCAGCCACAGAUAUCACAGGCUUUGGCAUUCUGGGGCACUCUCAGAACCUUGCAAAACAACAAAGAAACGAGGUGUCCUUUGUCAUCCAUAAUCUGCCCAUCAUUGCCAAGAUGGCUGCCAUCAGCAAGGCCAGUGGGCGCUUUGGGCUCCUUCAGGGAACCUCAGCAGAAACUUCUGGAGGGUUACUAAUUUGCUUGCCAAGGGAACAGGCUGCUCGCUUUUGUUCUGAAAUCAAAUCUUCCAAGUAUGGAGAGGGUCACCAAGCAUGGAUAGUUGGCAUUGUGGAGAAGGGAAACCGCACGGCCCGAAUCAUUGACAAGCCUCGAGUUAUUGAGGUCCUACCUCGUGGGGCCACUGCUACAGCUCUUGCCCUGGACCAUUCCAAUGCCUCCUCUGAACCUAACUCAUGAGACGGAAUAGCACAAGUUGUUUGGACCUUUGAGCCUUUGUUCACAGUAGUGGAUUCUGAAGAGUUGAUUUGAAGAACAAAUUUCCAAAGAAGGCUGCCUGCAUAGAAGUUUCACAGUUCGCCUGUCUAGGUGAUUUGAAUCAGCUGGUCAUAAGCUGCACAUUCCAUGGCCAGAAGUAACAUUUUGAACUUUGGGGGAGGGUUGUUCAAAUUUGGCUUAGACCAGGAACAGAAAAACCUGUUUCCUCUUUUCAAGAGCAAAAUGAGGCUAUUCCAGUUUGAGGGAA